GUAUACAAAAUAUUUUGAAUUUGUUGCCAGCGUAACUGAGCGUAACGCAGAGUACCAGCGUGCUAAGUUGUGAUGUGAAAUUAAUUAUAAAAUGUUUUGCAUUUGGCAGUGGAAACCUAUCAGUUAGAAUUUGGUUUUUGGUGCGUUUUUCAAAGCAAUCUUGCAGGAACCCACUUAAUUGUGUGUAAUGCAACUUGCGCUGAGGAAAACAAUGUAUCUUAAAACACCAACAGACUUCGGGUCGUUUAGUUUUGUUUUAUUGAUUAUACCCAUUACAUAUUACUUUGAACUCUUUGUCGUAUUACCUAGCAUGUACCCACCUGGUACCCUUUGGUACAAUUUUCAUUUUAUUUGUGGAACGCUCUUAAUGAUAAAUAUUACGAGCAGUUUUGUUGCUACAAUAAUUGUUGACACUAGUAUUGCUGGUAAGGUUAUGCCGUCUGAAAUGGAAAAGGAUUGUCGUUUUUGUGCAGUCUGUGAAACCAUAGCACCACCACGAUCUUGGCAUUGUGACAUUUGCAAAAUCUGUAUUCUGAAGAGAGAUCAUCAUUGUGUGUUUACGGGUUGUUGUAUUGGUUAUUUCAAUCACAGAUACUUUUUCAUGUUUGUGAUGUACUUGUUUAUUGCAACUUUUUACGGUACAUAUUUCAACAACUAUUUCAUUUGGUCUGAUGUAAAUUUUUGGAACUUGAAAACUGUCUUUAAAUUGGUGUUCCCAUUAGCUAUGCUUGCUUUUGGGUUCGAUACAUCAUACCAACAGUUUUAUCUUUUAAUUUAUUUAAUCAAUACUAUCGGCACACUGUUUACAUUUGCUCUGUUGUGUAUUCAUGUAAAAUUGAUAAUGUCUGGAUGUGCAACAUACGAAAAGAACCAUGGUAUUCAUAGCCAUAACUAUGGUCUGCACAGUAACAUUAGAGAAGUGCUGGGCAAAAAAUGGUACAUUGCUUGGAUUUGUCCGUUUAUUAAGUCAGAGUUGCCCCAGGAUGGUAUUCAUUGGAGUGAAACACAUGUGCAUAGUAACUAGCCAAAAUGUGACCAACUUAUACAUUGACCAGUAAGUUUCUGGCCCAGGAACUGCUUUCGUCAAAAGAUACUGAUGAAAUACUUA